AUGCAGGAGAACUACAAGCUGCGGCUGGGCGGCCGCAACUUCACCGAUCGCAUGCGCUGCACGGCCAUCGGCGGCCACGGCGGCAGCGGCUGCGUCAGCUUCUUCCGCGACGUGUUUGUGCCCCGCGGGCCUCCCAACGGCGGCGACGGUGGCCAUGGUGGCGACGUGUGGUUCGAGGUGGACGAGAACGAGACCAGCCUGAGCUGCGUCAAGCAGCGCCUGAGCGCGCGGCCCGGCAUGAACGGCCGCGGCAAGGCAAUGCAUGGGCCGCGGGGCAGCGAUCUAGUGGUCAGGGUGCCCAAGGGCACUUUGGUCAGGGAGAUUCCGCUCCAUGCCGAUCUGACUACGCACGGCCAGCGCGUUCUGGUGGCCCGCGGCGGGCUGGGCGGGCCGGGGAACCCGCAUUUCUCGUCACCCACCGACCGCCAGCCGCACUACGCCCUGCGCGGGCUGGCCGGCCAGACACGCACGCUUGACCUGGAGCUGAAGACCAUUGCUGACGUCGGCCUGGUGGGCCUGCCGAAUGCCGGCAAGAGCACGUUUCUGUCGGCCGUGUCGAACGCCCACCCCAAAAUCGCCGCCUACCCGUUCACCACUCUGAACCCGUACAUUGGCACAGUGACCUUCCGCGACACUCACCAGAUCACGGUAGCCGAUAUCCCCGGCCUGAUCCCGGGCGCACACAGGAAUGUUGGCCUCGGCCAUUCGUUCCUGAGACACGUCGAGCGGUCCCGGAUUCUGGUCUAUAUCGUCGAUAUCAGCCGCCCCGAUCCCUGGAACGAUCUCAGGGCUUUGCAGACCGAGCUGGAUCUGUACAAGCCUGGCUUGGCCGAGCGCCCGUCGCUGGUCGUGGCGAACAAGGCGGAUGCCGCCAAUGCCAGGGAGAACUUUGAGAAAUGGCGUGCCAUGGCCGAUAUUCCCAUGAUCCCUGUGUCGGCCAAGCAGGCAAAGAACAUCACCAAGGUCACCGCAACCAUCCGCACCAUGCUAGAGCAGCUCAAGUAA